CCGAACAAAACCAUGCACUUCUUCAAGUUGGUGCGCGUUCUUGUCGGUCCUCAGUUGACGAGUGGGCUGCACUGUGUUCAGACGUGAGGUAGGAACCUACGUGCACCAUACGAUAUCCUUGCUAGAGCAACUAAAACGAAGCACAACAAAGUGCGAGAUCAAUCUUCAUAUCCAUCCGUCACUUCCAUGGCAAAAUGAGGCGGUUCAAGUUGACAUUUCAUAAGGUCGGAGCCUUGAGUCUCUGUUCGUUAUUGCUUCUGCUCGGGCUUCUAUUCAAAUCCUCCGGGAUCUCAUCGAGACACAAUCUUGAUCCUCCUCCUCCCCGAAUGAGACGCGAGUUGACAAGCAUAGUGGAUAUGACAAACUCAUCUGGCUCAUCCUCUUCCUCGAACUCCAGUUCUUCUCCGGUUGAACCAGGAGUCCUACUGGGAUUUGUGGAGAUCCCCAAGUUAAAUCCCAAUCCUUCGUUGGCCUUGAUUGAGUCGAUGAGGAAAAACGGACCCAUGGGAGUUUUAGGCACUCAAGGCGACAUCCAACAAAUCAUUGCUAAGAUGAAAAAAAUGGAGGAUAAACGACAAGAGGUCUACUUGAGGCUCCUAGACCGGCGGGGUCAAAAAGUGGCACUGACCAAAGAAGGCGGAGGUCAUGCGCUCGUGUCCUUUCCUCAAGCACUCAUACGGAUGCCCAACACGCUAAAAUACAAACCCAUCGAUGAAUGGUCCAAAUAUGAAGGGAUUUGGCAAAAUGUCACCCACUUUCCAUGGUAUCUAAAUGAUGCACAGUGCAAGCAUUACUCCAUAUCAUUUGCUCUUCCUCACUCACUCGAACCAUUGGGACUGGUGUCCUAUCCAAGUUCUGGCAACACGUGGCUCAGAUACCUGGUCGAAGGCGCAACGGGUUAUUUCACGGGUAGUAUGUACAACGACCUCAUGCUUGGAACAAAAGGUCUCUAUGGUGAGAUUGUACCUUGGAACUCCGGGAUGACAGUGGCCAUUAAGUCCCAUGGUCACACCACAGGGCAAGGGCUUGAAGAACCCAGGGAUGUGCAAGUCAAUUUCAACCACUUUGAAGAGUUCGACAAGCGAGCCAUUUUGCUGAUACGGAACCCUUUCCGAGCCAUUAUUGGUCAUCGUCAUUUGGAUGCAGGUGGUCAUACGGGGUUUGCAGAUGAGGAUCAAUUCUUAGGCGAAGAUUGGGAUCAUUUUGUGCGAGUGAAGAUUGCCUCUUGGGAGAAUCUCUAUCUCGAUUGGCUCCACGAGGCCGAACCAGAGGAUAUUCAUGUGAUUCAUUUCGAGACCCUCAAAGACGACCUUGUGUCUUCGCUAAGGGCCUUGGUCCAAUUCAUGGAGCUCGAAGUGGACGAAGGUCGCUUGAAGUGCACGUGGAGAAACAAUGAGGGUAAUUUCCAUCGGAAGAAAACGGAAGGAUCUCUAGCUGCCAAAGAGAAUCCAUUUACAUCAGAGCACACCAUUCUCAUACGAGACUCCAUACACAGAGUGAAUCAGGCUCUGUUCGAGAAAAAGAAACCCGAAAUGCCCUUGGAUCAAUACGAGCUCUAUCAAACCUGAUUGUUUUCAAUUCAAUAAUAUCGGUUUGUCAAGACUGGGUCGAGGGAUUUCAAUUCUAUUGAAAGCAUCUGUCCAAUCGAUUCUCAGCUUGUGACCGACUUGCCAACUGUGGUUCCUAUUUGUCAGCUCAAAUCGAAUUUUCAUUUCAAGAAAUAAAUCAAAGAAGUAACGUU